AUGACAGCAAAAGAUUCGUCAGAACCAGUUACUACGCUUACUCAAUUCAACAAUAUAGAUGUUGUAAUCACCGAUUACCAUAUGCCUGGUUUGAAUGGUGUUCAGCUAAAAAAGAGAAUUGAUGAAGAAUUUGGGAAUUUGCCUGUUAUUGAUCUAUACAGGAACAUUGAGCACGAGGAGUUGUUUCGUCGAGCUCUUUGUUUCAUGCAUAAACCAAUCUCACGUCGUGAUCUCAACAGCCUCAACGUUGUAUGUCAACAAGCUCUCCGCCAUAGAAUGAACGGAGAAACCAAUUUAAAUGGUUCGGGACAAAAUGUGACCGACGAUCCAGAUGAUUGGCUACGGCUUCGAGAAAAGCCUAAGCUCAAAUGGACAAAACCUCUUCAGCAUAGAUUCAUGAGCGCUCUUAAAAGCCUUGGUGUCGCUAGUAAGUAUUAA